GAAACCUUGUUUCACUGAGUUAGAGAGACUUGACCUAAAUGGCACAGUAUGACUUUGCUCCAGCCUGGCUUACUUUUCCUACUCCACCAUUGUCAACAAAGUCAUCACUGAAUUUUGAAAAACAUUCUGAAAAGUUCCACAGGGCAGAGAAUCAUUAUGAUAUAAAUCAUAGACAAUACAAUUCUUCAGAUGGCUUUGAUUCUUGUGUUGGACAUUCUGAUGGAGGAAACUUUGGAAGGAAAGAAAAAAAUGGAUGGUGUUCACAUGCAAGAAAUGGUACUAAAAACAUAAAUCAUCAAGGGAGAUACCAUGAUGGAAAUUCCCGUUCUCUUAGCACUGCUUUUCACUCUGGAAAAAGCCAAGGACUGCAUGAAAGCAAUGUCCUGGACAAUGAAACUGGGAAAAAUGAAGACAAGGAAGAACUCAAACAAUUUGAGGUUGAAGAUUUUCCACCUUUAAAUCCUGAAUAUGAGAGAAAGACAAAUCAGAAUAAAUCUUUAGCUGCAGGUGUAUGGGAGUAUCCUCUGAAUCCUAAAUCUAGAGCUCCAGGAAUGCUGGACAUUAAAAAAGGCAGUACAAAAGAUUUACAGAUAUCUGGAUUCCCUGAAGUAGGAAAUCUUCAUUCUCAGCAAGUUAAAAAUGAAACUGGUACUAGUGUUUAUAAAGGAUUAAUUCCUAAACUUGCUAUUCCACAUAGAAAGUCUACACAAUGGAAACGCCGAACUAAAGAAAAUAAAAUUGGAACUCCCUUCCCUCGUGAGCCUAUAUAUGGCAUUGGCAAAUUUAAUGCCUUCAAAUCAACUGCCAAGAAUUUUAGUGUAUCAACAAAUUCAGUUAAGAAGUGUAAUUGCUCAAAGUCCUCUUCUUUUCUGGACAAAUUUAAUCAGCCUCAUCUAACCAAACUCACCCAGAUGAGUACUGUUAAGAAGAAAGAAUGCUUAAAAGCAUUGAAAAGGGACAGAGUGAAGAAGGAGCAGAAAGAUGGAAGUCACAUGGGGCCAGAGAAGGAUGAUGACUCAUUUAAUUUGCAUAAUAGCAACAACACUCACCAUGAAAGUGACAUAAACCCAAAUUCUGAUGACAAUGAAAUUUUGCAGGAGAAUGGCAAAUUGACCUCUAUGAUUUCCCAACCGAUCAUUCAGCCUUCUACCUUUCCACUAGCUGAUGUCUUUUCAAGUUCAGUUGAGGAAGAGCAUAGGCUAUUAAAGGAGAUGGGUUGGCAGGAAGACAGUGAAAAUGAUGAAACAUGUGCUCCCUUAACAGAGGAUGAGAUGAGGGAAUUCCAAGUUAUUUGUGAACAGUUACAGAAGAAUGGCCUUAGAAAAAAUGGUAUUUUGAAAAAUAGCCUAAUCUCUGACUUCAAAUUUGGACCCUGGAAAAACAGCACUUUCAAACCCACUUUUGAGAAUGAUGACACAGAGACAAGCAGCAGUGACACAUCAGAUGAUGAUGAUUAUGUGUGAAGGAUUCUCUCAACAGCUUUAGAAUUUUUAGUGUGAUACAUCUCAUACAGUUUGGGGUGAAUUGUAAAAAUGAAGAACUAUAUGCAGUAAAAUACCCCAUUAGAAGAAAAUAUUGGGGGACUUCUUGAAGAAAACCAAGAAUAUUGUGUUGGUCAACACCCUCCUCAGGGGAGAUUGUAUAAUUAUCCUAAAAUCCAAGGUUUAAAAUCUUUUGGAGAAAUUUCAGGAAAAGAAACUUGCCAACACCCCAAAUCAAGAAAGCAGAUUUUUUGAAGAAGGUGCCAUGAGGAUGCCUGUGGAAACCACACACUGCAUUAAAAGGUCCAGAAGGAACUUUGAGAUAAAAUGAACUGAACUGAAGGGGGUUGAACAUAUCAUUUAUUUU